GCCUGGCAACGACGUUGUAAAAUAAGCCCCCCACUCGGUGUUUGCCAUCGGGAUUGGGUUUUCGUCGCUUGGCAACGACGUUGUAAAAGAAGCCAAUUCACUUCGUGAACUCGGCAACCAGGUUACCGUUUUUUUUUUUUUUUUACCUCGUUUUUUUUUUUUUUUGGGGGUAACCAUAAUGGUGGUCGAGUAAAUCAUGUUGUGCGGGGUCGAAAAACCUCACUCCGCGCAACGGGGGAUGAUCGCACCACGUUGUGUUACAAUGGUCAAGCUUCCUCGAGGCAGUUACACAGUGCUUACAACUGUCUCUGGAGGUGAAAGCACCAGAAAAUAAAUUAAGUCAUACGUAGCUGUCAUCCGUACGCAAGGAAGUAAGCACAAGAUGCCGAACACCCUUAGCAGGAUGCAGCUCACCCUUCAUGCGACUCGCCAAAUACCUCACGGCGCUUCGCGCUUGGUGAUGUGAGAGCCUGGUCCGGUGAGAACCCGGCAUGCUCCGUCCCGGCUUUGUAGGGAUGCGAGGUCAAUGGUCAAACGACUACGGUGUGAAGGCGUUAUUGGCAGCCUCGCCUUCGUCGCUAACCGCAGGACGCCUUUCCUGGUGGCGGAGCGGGGGCGGGGGGAGCUUCGUGGCUCCUGUAGCGAGCAAACCAUUAGCAGCGAACAGAAGAGGCGUCGGCGCCGGCGCCGGCGGCAGCGUGGCGAACGGCUGGUCGGCAGCAGCAGCGGGCAGCGGAAGAAAGGAGGUCGGAGGCGAGCGGCGGGGGCAUUCCUUCCGCAUGGUAACGCGGCUGGAGAUCGUGAACGACGCGGAUAUUCCUGAAACGGCCGAGUUUUUCGUGGAAAACUUCUGGGACGACGCGGUUGCACCGUCCCAGAAGCGAUCGCUGGUGCGAGAGCUGGUGAGCGACUACCGACGACGCUACGGCACGCUCAUGGGGAAUCGAAAGCUGCAGAGCAUGCUCAUGGUCGCGAGGGGAAACGGGGGCGAGAUUAUCGGCUGCAUCGCCGUCGAGGUGUCGGUCUGCAUGGGGGAGCGCGUGGGGGUGAAAGCGCGAGGGAUCAGCCCCAAUGCGGAGGGCGCGGAGCUCCGACCGAUCCUCGCCAACCUGGCCGUGGCGCGCUCGGAAAGGAGAAAAGGGUUGGCCAAACGGCUGGUGAAGCACUGCGAAGAUGUGUGCAGGGGAUGGGGAUACGACGAAGUUCUUCUGCUAGUGGAAGAAAACAACAAGCGGGCGAGAAGACUCUACUCGAAGCUGGGGUACAAGAUGCUGUUCAGGGACACGAAGGCCAAGAAGAUUCUGCCGGACUCUUACCAGAUCAGGGACGUCCCGUGCGUGAACGUGUGCAUGCGGAGAGAUCUCAACGCCAACAUCUUCUCCAACCUGUUCGCGAUGAUCCGCCAAUAGCCCUGCGAAAUAGUCGUCGACUGCCAUGGGUGCUCCGUACGCUGCUGAUUUGGCUCUUGGGGUGUUUGUUUGUCUCUCUCGGUUGGCAUCGUUAGUGGCCGAUAGCCCGGUGACUUCAAUAGGCGCUCCGUAGCUGCUGAUGAUUUGGUGCGUCGGACAUGUGAAGGGCUCUCGGUUGGUAUGGUAUCUAAAGCUAAAGUUAGCUUGGUAAAAAAGUGGCAGCUGACACUCUCACACAACACUAUUGGAAGCUGGUUUCGGAUUCCACAGAGUGCAAUAGAAGAGGUGUCGUUUGUUGGUGGCGUAGCUAAACUACGAUAGACCGCAGCC